CGCCAUCAUGAGCCGCCUGGGCAAGAAGGCGGGCGAGACCCUCAUCGAGAUGGCGCUGAGYGCCGACGAUGACAUUGUGACUCUCACCAAGUUCAAGCCGUGGCGGUCUGAAGGAGAAGAAUGCAAUGGACCUCUAUGUGAAACGGUUUCAACAACAGGGUCAGAAAUCCCAAGCAGCUCUGAGGGCCUAAACAGCACUGAGACCACUUUACUCAUCCCUGAUCAUCAAGUGAUUGAUAAAAGACACGAAAGCAAAGACUCCAUUUUCUUCAGGGAUGGUGUCCGUCGAAUUGAUUUUGUGCUUUCCUAUGUGGAUGAUCUUAAUAAAGAAUGGGAAAAAAAGCUGGAAAGAAGAAAAGAAUUUGAGAGCAACCUGCAAAAGGCUGGCUUGGAACUAGAAACAGAAGACAAAAAGGAAUCUGAAGACGGCAAGAUCUACUUUGUGAAGAUCCAUGCCCCAUGGGAGGUUCUGAUCACGUACGCCGAAGUGCUGAACAUUAAAGUCCCCAUCAGGGAGAAUGACAUUCCAUGCACGGUGGAGAACCCCUUGGACUGCGUGCUCACRCCCUUCAGGCUGCCUGAGAAGGUGAUGCACCCCGAGCCCGACUACUUCACAGCACCAUUCAGCAAGGACAAGCAGGAGUUGUACCUCAUUAAUGAUGAGAGCACCUUCUUCUCGCCAUCCAUGAGGAACAGAAUAGUUUACUACAUCUUAACGCGUUGCCCCUAUGGGACAGAAGAAGGGAAGAAAAAGUUUGGAAUUAAAAGACUGCUAAAUAAUGGCACCUAUUCAGCUGCAUAUCCUCUUCACGAUUGCCAGUACUGGAAAAAGGCAAGUGAUCCCAACUGUGACAGCGAGAGGUACACGCUGUACAUGGAGUGGGCCCGUUUCCUACGGUUCUACAAAGAACAGCCCUUGGACCUCAUCAGGAAGUACUAUGGUGAGAAGAUUGGAAUCUAUUUUGCCUGGCUGGGAUUUUACACCGAGAUGCUAUUCCUUGCGGCAGUUGUUGGCUUGAUCUGUUUUCUCUAUGGCUUGUUUACGAUGGAUGAAAAUAUGAGCAGCAAAGAAAUCUGUGACCCUGCAAUUGGAGGAGAGAUCAUCAUGUGCCCUCUCUGUGACCGAGACUGUGACUACUGGAAGCUAAACACCACRUGUGCGUCCUCAGAGUAUUCCCAUUUGUUUGAUAACGUGGCAACUCUCUUCUUUGCUAUUUUCAUGGGCAUAUGGGUUACACUCUUCUUGGAGUUUUGGAAGCGACGGCAAGCUAGACUCAAAUAUGAGUGGGACUUGGUUGACUUUGAAGAAGAACAGCAGCAACUCCAGCUGAGGCCUGAGUACGAAGCCAAAUGUACCCAAAAGAAGAAGAAUCCUGUAACUCAGGAGAUGGAGCCUUAUUUGCCUCUAACUAGCCAAGUUGUACGGUUCUGCAUCUCAGGAACUACCGUGUUGUUCUGGGUGUCCCUCAUCAUAGCCAGCAUGAUAGCGGUGAUCGUGUACCGCCUGGCCGUGUACGCCGCCUUCGCCAGCCUCAUGGAGAACGCGCAGACGCUGGAGCCCAUCAGCGGGCUGCUCACCCCGCAGCUGGCCACGUCCGUCACCGCCUCCUGCCUCAACUUCGUCAUCAUCAUGAUUCUUAACUUCCUCUACGAGAGAAUAGCCAUCUGGAUUACUGAUAUGGAGAUUCCCCGAACUCAUCUGGAGUAUGAAAACAGGCUGACCAUGAAAAUGUUUCUGUUCCAGUUUGUCAACUACUACUCGUCCUGCUUCUACGUGGCCUUCUUCAAAGGGAAGUUUGUUGGCUAUCCAGGUGCCUACACGUACAUGUUUAAUCGCUGGCGAAAUGAAGAGUGUGACCCCGCGGGCUGCCUGAUAGAGCUGACGACGCAGCUCACCAUCGUCAUGGCUGGCAAGCAGAUCUGGGGCAACAUCCAGGAGGCCAUCGUCCCCUGGAUUUGUAACUGGUGGGGCCGCCGGAAAGCAAGAAGUAAUCCAGAGAACUUGUACAGUCGCUGGGAGCAGGACCACGAUCUGCAGAUAUUUGGUGCCUUGGGUCUGUUCUACGAAUAUCUGGAAAUGGUAAUUCAGUUUGGGUUUAUCACCCUCUUUGUGGCCUCCUUUCCUCUGGCUCCCCUCCUUGCUCUGAUGAACAACAUUUUGGAGAUCAGAGUCGACUCCUGGAAGUUGACCACACAGUACAGGAGACCCGUUGCUGCCAAGGCACACAGCAUAGGAGUGUGGCAAGAGAUCCUCAACGGAAUGGCCAUCUUGUCUGUUGUCACAAAUGCUUUUAUUGUGGCCUUCACAUCAGAUAUGAUUCCUCGUUUAGUUUACUACUAUGCCUAUUCGACAAACGACGCCUCGCCCAUGUCUGGAUACAUAAACAAUAGUUUGUCAGUGUUUCAAAUUGCAGAUUUUCCUACCAGAAACAAGCCGAAAAUGAAUCCAGAUAACUUUGUCAUAUGCAGGUACAGAGACUAUCGAUACCCUCCGGAUCACGAGAGGAGAUAUUUACACACUAUGCAGUUCUGGCACAUCCUUGCUGCAAAAAUGGCCUUUAUAAUUAUUAUGGAGCAUGUUGUCUUCAUUGUGAAAUUCUUUGUAGCAUGGAUGAUUCCUGACGUCCCUGCAGACGUGAAAGCCAAAAUAAAACGGGAAAAGUACCUGACACAGAAAAUCCUACAUGAGUACGAACUUGAAAAGCUGAAGGAGAAGCUGUGUCGAGGUGACACGCAGGCCACUGAAAAGGAGUUCAUUGCCACWGAAGGGAAGGUGGAAUUAUCCAGAGCAAUGUAGCAUGGAAGAAACUGCUGUAUGGGAUUCAGCCCGUGGAUCUGUGGGCCUCGGGUCUGGGGUUUGCCCAGGAUGAGUCAGCUCAAGCAGCGGGACCCUCUGAACCCUUGGCUUUCAGCCCCUAGAUUUGGGACUUCUUUUCUACAGGGUCUUAGUGAGAGUCCUAGGUUGAGUAAAUUCAUUAACUCCUAUGGCUUUAGCACUGUUACCUAUUUGUCCAUUACUUGGAAAAAAAAAACUUGGAAUUGUCUAAUUCCUGAAUUUGGAUUCCCAAKAUUAGAGGCUGUGGCCCUGAAAGGGAUCACAGGUUAUGGUGUGGUGGCUGUCACCAAGCCCCGCUCCCUGUUCCAAAGGGCACAGUUCUGGCUGUGCCCUAGUUGAAUGGAAAGGAUGUUAUGAAUGACUUCUGCUAUGGAAAAAUGCUGAAAUAUUUUC